AUGGACAAGGCGCUCUUCCAAAAGUACAUCUACGCCACUAGCUGGAAGGAGCCGAUCGCGGACAAGCAGUGGAAGAAACUGGCAACGAUCAAGCCCGGAGACAAGAUUAUCAACACGCUCUUUAUUGUUUUGGAGAAAGUUAAGACAACAGGAACCAAGGAGGGCAACACGGUUCACCAUAUCGUGAUCGCGGACAACACGGCGAAGAUGAAUGCUUCGCUCUUCGACGCCUACGGCGAGCUUGUCCAACCUGGCGAUAUCAUCAGAUUGACGGGAGGGUUCUGCUCGGCAUAUCAGCACGUUAGUACGCUCUAUGCGGGAAAGCUUGGGAAGAUUGAGAGGCUGGGCGAGUUCUGCUUUCCCUUCACCGACAAACAAGACGGCAGCGACAACAUCAGCAAGAUGCAAUGGCAGUCAAUUGGCAACGAUCAGUGGAUCCCCAAACCUCCCGGCAGCUCUCAAUCCCCUGUACCUUGA